AUGCGUACUUCCGCUUUCGCUGCUAUUCUCGGCUUUGCCGUCUACGGAUCCCAGGCCACCGCCAUUAACUUCGCCGACAACUGGCGCGACAACUGGCGCGACAACUGGCCCACCAACUGGCCUGACAACUGGUCCGACAACUGGCCCGACAAUUGGCCCGUUACCUGGCUCGUCAGUUUGCUCGGCAGCCUCAACAGCCUCAACAGAAUCGACAACCUCAACAGCAUCGACAGCCUCAGCAGCCUCGACAGCCUCGACAGCCUCGCCAGCCUCGCCAGCCUCAACGGCCUCGACCACUUCCCCGAGAAUCCUUGCGAAUGGCUCGGCGGAACUUGUGAGGCAACUGCUGUGAACUUUUGCAGUGGCCUUAACGAUAUUAAGAUUGGAGUGCCAUGUGGCUCUUUCGGAUCGAUCUCUGUCGGAACGGCUGGUGUUGGCUGCUGCUGGCACGCAGCAAUCUGA